ACAAGAGAUUAAGUUAGCCAUGCUCUAGUAAAGAUAAAAGAGUCACUGUUUGCUUUAUAAAUAGCAUCCCUUAUAGAAACUCCCUUCCAUUUCUGCAUCUCUCCUGUUCAGAUUUGCAGCAAAGUAGAGAGCAUUAGCAAAAGCCAGAAACUUUAGUUUCUUCCCUCCAUUACCUUCUAUCCCUAUAUUCCAAAACCAGGUGGUGAAGCAAGCUAAGAAUGGAAUUCCAAAGUGAUCAAUCCAGAGAGAUGUCCCCUCAGCGGAAAAUGGGUCGGGGCAAGAUCGAAAUCAAGCGGAUCGAGAACACCACAAACCGGCAAGUCACCUUCUGCAAGCGCAGAAAUGGGUUGCUGAAGAAGGCCUAUGAGUUGUCUGUUCUUUGUGAUGCAGAGGUGGCUCUCAUCGUCUUCUCCAGCCGCGGCCGCCUCUACGAGUAUGCUAACAACAGUGUGAAGGCAACAAUUGAUAGGUACAAGAAGGCAUGCACAGAUUCCACUAAUACUGGUUCCAUUUCUGAAGCCAAUACUCAGUUUUAUCAGCAGGAAGCAUCCAAAUUGCGCCAACAAAUUAGUAAUCUGCAGAACCAGAACAGGAACUACAUGGGCGAAGGUUUAGGUGGUUAUAACCUUAGGGAACUCAAGAACCUGGAAUCCAAAAUAGAGAAAGGAAUCAGCAAAAUCCGUGCCAAGAAGAACGAGCUGCUGUUUGCAGAAAUCGACUACAUGCAAAAGAGGGAAAUCGAUUUACAUAAUAACAACCAAUACCUUCGGGCAAAGAUAAUUGAGACUGAGAGAGCUCAGCAGCAGAUGAACUUGAUGCCUGGGAGUUCUAGCUAUCACGAGCUGGCGCCGCCGCAGCAAUUUGAUGCAAGAAACUACCUCCAACUCGAUGGAUUUCAAUCCACCUCUAGUUACUCCAAGCAAGACCAUCUCCCCCUUCAGUUAGUGUAAUAAUCUGGAAGGGAUCCAUGGUGCCGUUUGUCGCAAAACUAUAUAUAAAUAUAUGGAUAAUAUGAAGUGUGACGACAACCUGGUACGUGUGGCGUCUUCAAGAAAUUUAAGGAGUGAAGAUGGAAGCUGAUGAUGGUUUUAUGGAUAUGAUAUGAUGAUGAUAACGUUACCUCAGACUUGUUAUGUAUUAAUUGGAGACAUAUGUUUUCUACUGUUUUAUGUUUGGUGCUAUUUGAACUGAACUGGGACAUCAUAUUCAAAUGUUUGUGGAGUUAUAUAUAUCUAUCUCUCUUGGCUUGUUUUGUUGAA